AUUCAUCAUCUCUUCUCUCUCUCUCUCUCAAAAGAAAACCAGAAAACUUUAGUGCAAAAGAAGGCUCUAAGAAAAGUCUUAUUUUUGUUUUCUGAAAAGAUGAUGUUUGAGAAAGACGAUCUGGGUCUGAGCUUAGGCUUGAAUCUUCCCAAGAAACAAAUGAAUCUCAAAUCUAACCCAUCUGUUUCUCUUACUCCAUCUUCUUCUUCUUUUGGAUUACUUCGAAGAUCUUCCUUGAACGAGAGUUUUAAUUCUUCAGUUCCAUACUCAGAUUCGAGUCGUGUAGAAACAAGAACCUUCAUCCGUGGAAUCGACGUGAACCAACCACCUUCUACGGCGGAAUACGGCGAUGAAGACGCCGGAGUAUCUUCUCCGAACAGCACAGUCUCGAGCUCCACCGGGAAAAGGAGCGAGAGAGAAGAGGACACAGAUCCGCAAGGCUCAAGAGGUAUCAGUGACGAUGAAGACGGUGAUAACUCGAGGAAGAAGCUUAGACUCUCCAAAGAUCAAUCUGCUAUUCUUGAAGAGACCUUCAAGGAUCACAGCACUCUCAACCCGAAGCAGAAGCAAGCUUUGGCUAAGCAAUUAGGAUUAAGAGCAAGACAAGUGGAAGUUUGGUUUCAGAACAGACGAGCAAGGACAAAGCUGAAGCAGACGGAGGUUGACUGCGAGUUCUUACGGCGAUGCUGCGAGAAUCUAACGGAAGAGAACCGUCGGCUACAGAAAGAAGUAACGGAGCUGAGGUCGCUUAAGCUUUCUCCUCAGUUCUACAUGCACAUGAACCCACCCACCACAUUGACCAUGUGCCCUUCAUGUGAACACGUGUCGGUCCCACCACCACCUCAAGUUGCUGCGUCCGGACACCACCAGAGGUCGCUGCCGGUCAAUCCAUGGGCUCCUGCUACGAGGGUUUCUCACGGCUUGACGUUUGACGCGUUUCGUCGUCGGUCCUAGUCUCUCUAGUUUUGCAACCGAAAGGCAUUCCGGUCAUUUUACUCAGUUUCUUGGGGACCAGAUGCAUGUAGUUGUUGUCAACAAGUAGUAUGUACUAUUUUUAGAAAAAAAAUACAUUAAUAUUUUCUCCCUUAAA